AUGUCAGAAAAUGGCCCAUGAAUGACAUUCCUUGCACAUUACCACAGUAUGAAAUCUCAAGAAAAAGCUGCCAAAUUCAUGAAUUUCAGAUCUAUUUUGGCAUAAUCUGAUACCAACAUUCCACCAUUUUUCUCAUAUUUCUUUAUAAGUUUUCUUGAAUUGUUAUAAAUUAUGUAUGCUUUCUUUGAUUCGCUUACAUUUGGCACAGAUACAUGCUGAAGACCACUUUUAAUUUUUCACAGAGGCAGCCUCAUUUUUUAUUCUUGAACUUGUGUUUCAAAAAAUUGAUUUACCCUUUUGCAGAAAGGGAUCAGAUCAGGGGUGCCUAAAAAUUCUAGUUCAUUUCUUUUCGCUGCAAUCCAAAGAUUUUGGAAGCUCAUUAGAUUCCUAAUGCCAGAAACCCAUAUUAAAAACCACUUAUUUCGUUUUUAAUUUUUCAAUUUUAUCUCAAAGAUUCCACCUUGGGUACUUUUGAAGGGUGAUUUACUGCUUUAAGAGUACUCCGAACUCAAGAAUCACCCUAUAUUCCUAGAUUUUUUUGAUAGCGUAUUCUACUCGAGACUUUUGUCUAUUGUAUUGUCUAGUCAAUUCCAUACCCUUCAUGUAUAAAUCACCUUUAAGCAGAAUGCUAGGAGGAAAUGGGAUGUUGUAUGCCGUAAUUGGUUUUGCUUCUUGUUUAGUUUUCAUAUACAUGUCAUUUGGGGAUCUAUGGAUCGGUUUCCAUGGGAGAAGUACUUCGAGUUUUGUGAAGAGGAAUGGAACUCAGUUCAUAGUGGAUGGUAGGCCUUUUUAUUUCAAUGGAUGGAAUUCUUACUGGAUGAUGGACCAUGGUGUGGAUGAAUCAAGAAGACCCAGAAUCAGAGAGAUGCUGCAAACUGGUGCAAAGAUGGGUCUCACCGUGUGUAGAACCUGGGCUUUCAAUGAUGGAGCAUACAAUGCUCUACAAAUUUCUCCUGGUAGAUUUGACGAAAGAGUAUUCAGAGCGUUAGAUUACGUUGUUGCAGAAGCCAAUCGGCAGGGAAUAAGGCUGAUACUAAGCUUGGUGAAUAACUUGCAAGCAUAUGGUGGAAAGACUCAGUAUGUUAAGUGGGCAAGGGAAGAGGGUAUUGCUUUGAGCUCUUCUAAUGAUUCGUUCUUCUACGACCCAUCAAUUCGGCAUUAUUUCAAAAAUUAUGUCAAGACAGUCCUAACAAGAAAAAAUACUUUCACUGGGAUUGAGUACAGGGAUGACCCGACUAUCUUUGCAUGGGAGUUAAUUAACGAACCCCGCUGCUCGACUGAUCCUUCUGGUGACACACUCCAAGAUUGGAUAGAAGAAAUGUCAUAUUUUGUGAAAUCAAUUGACCCGAACCAUCUAGUGACUGUGGGUCUUGAAGGAUUCUACGGCCCUAAAAACUCAAAAAGGUUAAGCUUCAAUCCCGAGUACUGGGCAGCUGAUCUUGGAUCUGAUUUUACAAGAAACUCAAUGAUCUCAACUAUUGAUUUUGCCUCAGUUCAUAUUUACCCUGACCAUUGGUCUCAUAUUCAGAAUUUCGAAUAUAACCUAAGAUUCGUCUCCAAGUGGAUGAUCUCUCACAUCGAAGACGGUGACAAAGAUCUAAAAAAGCCCAUAAUGUUCACCGAGUUCGGUUUGUCUAACGAAGACUUGGAUUUUGACCCCUCUCAACGAGAGAGAUUCUACAAAGUCAUUCUCGAUAUCUUACACAAGUCUGCUAAACGGAACAAGUCUGGAGCUGGGACUUUGGUAUGGCAGUUUGUGGUCGAAGGGAUGGAAGAUUUUAAUGACGAGUUUGGCAUUGUUCCAUGGAAGAGGCAAUCAACAUAUCAGCUAUUUACAGAACAGUCUUGUCGACUGGCAAGAAUCCAAGGAGCUCUUCCUUCACAAGAAAAACACUUUAAAAAAUUGUGCGCUCAAAGAUAGGUUAAGAAUGUAUUGUUUUUCCUGGACGAAAUUCUAAUUCUUGCAGGCAAAAUAAGGUUGUAUGCUUCACUAAAUGCAAUUUAUCUGUCACACAUAUAGGUUUAUACUUUCAUCAUAUGAAACAUUUGUGCAGAGAUUUGCUGCCAAUUCCUUUA